AAAAUAAUCCUGAUGGUGGCUGACGAUAAUUUCACCUCUUUCAUCGCUCAACAUAUCAAAACCAUAAAUAUCCUACGUAUGGAAUCAUGGGCUCAAAAUCUCCCGAAUACGAUGGCCAUAAGGGCCAAGACAACUCGAAUGGGCCCAUCGAGUCGCCCACGGGUGGCAUGCCACGGGGUGAGAUGCACACGACGGAUGGGGAUGGUACCCUCGGAGAUAGUGACGAAGGGGACGACGACGAAGCGCACCCGGCCGCGUUAACCAAUGGAACUACGAACGGCCAGAAAAAGAAGAGAAAACCCAAGAAGAAGAGCAAGAAGAAGGCUUCCAAGAAGCAAUCUUCGCCGCCUAGGGUCCCACUCUCUCAACUAUUCCCGCAGGGAAAUUAUCCUGUCGGUGAAGUUCAGCACUAUGAGCCUGACGUGGAGAACACUUCACGGACGACAGCCGAGGAGCUGCGCUACAUGUCCUACCGCCACCUUGAGGACGAUUCAUUUCUCGAUGACUACCGAAAGGCUGCGGAGGUCCAUCGCCAGGUCCGAAAGUGGACGCAGGAGCAUGUUAAGCCAGGACAGGGCCUGAUGAGCAUUGCCGAGGACAUUGAUGACGGUGUGCGGGCACUGCUUGGCCAUGCUGGUCUGGAGCCUGGAGACAGUCUCAAAGCUGGAUUAGGCUUCCCGACGGGCUUGUCGCUGAACAAUGUCGUUGCGCACUACACGCCCAAUCCCGGGCAGAAGGAUAUUACUCUGCAGUCGAGCGAUGUGAUGAAAGUCGAUUUUGGUGUUCACAUCAACGGGUGGAUUGUGGACAGUGCGUUCACCAUGAGUUUUGAUCCAGUAUACGACAAUCUUCUGGCGGCAGUCAAAGAUGCCACCAAUACCGGUCUAAAGAACGCGGGAAUCGAUGUCCGUAUCAGCGAUGUUAGCGCAGCCAUCCAAGAGGCCAUGGAAAGCUACGAAGUUGAAAUCGGAGGCAAAACAUUCCCCGUGAAGCCGGUGCGGAGCAUCACUGGUCACGAUAUAAAACAGUAUCGCAUCCAUGGUGGGAAGUCGAUUCCGUUUGUCAAAAACUCAGAUCAGACCAAGAUGGAAGAAGGAGAAAUUUUCGCCAUUGAAACCUUUGGAAGCACCGGCCGAGGUGUUACAUAUGAAGACGUUGGUGUUUACGGCUAUGGAAAGUCGUAUGACGCUCCUCGCAAUGUGUCUUUGCCUUUGGCUUCCGCAAGGUCCUUGUACAAGACAAUCAAUGAAAACUUUGGAACCAUUGUUUUCUGUCGCCGUUAUCUGGACCGCCUAGGUUUGAAGCGGUACCUAGCUGGCAUGAACACGCUUGUACAGCACGGGGUUGUUGAUGUCUACGCCCCUCUUGUCGAUGUCAAGGGGUCGUACUCGGCGCAGUUUGAACACACUGUUUUGCUGCGAGAGUCAAACAAGGAAGUUAUUAGUCGUGGAGACGACUAUUGAGUCUUGUGUUCAAGACUCCAGCUAACUUAACGUUUUCUGAAGAGUAGUUCAACACUUACUCUACACUUUCUGAUUGUUUGCUACCGACCAUGUUCCCUCCUUAGCUUUGUCAAUCUCAAUACAAGAAUCAGGAGAAUCAGGGUUCGAAAUUUUGAUUAUAAUAUCCUGCUCAUUUCUUUUGCUGUGCGAAGAAAAUGUAACUCAUAACAACCUAUCAUAAAACUCAUAGAGGUCGGUUUGAGGCUUCUCCGCAUGUGCGGGGUACCCCAAACGUGUAGCCGCCAUACCGAGGUUCCGGUUCCUCCACCGUAGCUUUCAGGCUGCC